AUGAGACUAUCAGCAUUAAUGUAUUUUGCUAUUAUCUUUUUAAGUAGUGUUUUAACGAAAAAAAUUAAUUUAAGCAACAAUUUAAAUUUUGUAAAUACUAAUCCUAAGCAAUUUAAAAGAACUUCAAAAAGUUUAAGAGCAACAGAAUAUAAAAUAGAUAAUAAAAUAAUUAGAGGUCCGUUAACUCCCUUAAAUGAGUUUAUUUUGAUUGAAAAAAAUGAAGCUUUCGAUACAACAGAUUCAGGAGUUUUUAUUGGAAAUACUUUAAAAGAUAAUCAGUAUGUAGGAAAAGUUUUAAGUAUCGGAACAGGUGCUAUUAACACAAAAAAUGGACAACGAAUACCAAUAGAUGUUGAAGUUGGGGAUACUGUAAUCUUUAAUCCAAGUGAUGGAAAUAAAAUAAAAUAUAAUGAUAAAGAAUGUUUAUUAAUAUCAAAUGAAGAGAUAUUAGGGAAGAUAAAAGAUUCUACUGAAAUAAACCCUUUUAAUAUUAUUCCUUUAUAUGAUCGUGUAUUGAUAAAAUUAAUAAAUGUAAAUGUUAAUUCAGAUUCUUUAAUAUUCUUACCAGAAUCAAAAAAUAGUGAAAAAAGUAAUGAUGGUUUAGUUAUAUCUGUUGGAAAUGGAAUUUAUGAUGAAAAUAAUCAGAAAAUACCUAUAGACAUACAAAGAAAUGAUUAUAUAAGAUUUUCACCUUUUUCUAAUGAAAGUUGUGAAUUUACAUAUAAAAAUGAAAAAUAUACUUUUGUAAAAGCUAGAUAUAUAAUGGCUAAAUAUUAA